AUGAGUUCGUCAUGCGUCGUACCAGUGUCACCCGUCGCCUCGCUCAAGCGUGGACGAAGCACCGAUGACGACCUGCAUCUCUUCAAGGCUGCCAAACAGGACUGCGAUGCAUCGCCGCACGCCAUGGCUGCUGCUGUCGUGGCCCAGCGUCAGCAGCAUAUUCUGCACCAUCAAAUGCUGCAGCAGCAACGACAACAGCAGCAGUAUAUCCUGCACCACCAAAUGUUGCAGCGACAACAGCAACAGCAACAACAGCAGCAGCAGGCAGUGUCGCCCUUCGUGCUGGCCUGUGGCAACAUUCGUUACGCUAUCACCUUCAUUCAAAACUCGCGCCGCCACGCGCUGGCGCUGUGUUUGCAAAACCAGUGGGAGCGUGCGCUCACCGUGCUUGAAAAGAUCGAGCGUGCAAAUGACAAGAUCUCGCGCCAGCGCCGUGCUAAAGUGCGUGAACAGGCCAAUGCUGAUGUCAACCGCGUAUUUGAUGUGACGGCCAUGCCCACUCAGCAGCCGCAGGUGCUUUCGCCCGUCAAGGCCAUCAGACCCAAGAAACAUGUGCGUUUUAGCGACGAAGUGCAAGUCGCUCAGGUCGAGCUGGUUGACCGUUCGCCUGCGCCCAUGCCCUUGCUGAUGCGUGACGAGAUUCUGGUGCUGCGCGCGUCGCGUCCGAUUCCGCUACGCAACUUUUCCGAGUUCUGGAGUUCUUCGUUGUAG